UAUGGGGGAAAAUCUUACAGGUCGUGGUUCUGCAGCCAAAAAAAAUAGAACCUUGCAUAAUUUUGCAGUAGAGAGCAGGUACAAAAACCGAUCGGAAAUCUCUUCGGGAUCUCGAUGGGCUCGGGGACGACCGUCGUUAAUUAGAAAAGAGCAGAGCUAUCAUAAAGAAGCCAGAGAGGAUUUAAAAUGCAACGAAUCGACUUUCGUCAUUAAAGCAGAAUAUACGAAUUACGCUGGAAAACAUUGGAUAAGCCAGGCAAACGUUCAAGCAAGCGUCAUAGAAUCUAGUCAAUAUGAAGAACAAUUGAAAAAUGAUGAUAAAUGGACUUUUGACGUGAUAGCACUUGAAAGAGUAACAAAGAAAAGGCCCCUAUUACACGCAGGUUUAAAGAUACUUCGACGCUUUAACGUCAUGGAAUUUUUAGAUAUAGAUGACAUAAUAAUGUGUAGUUGGUUAGCAUUAAUUGAAGAUAAUUAUCAUUCAUCGAAUACCUAUCACAACUCCUCGCACGCGACUGAUGUUCUUCAAGCUGCAGCCUACUUCUUAGCAAAGGAUAAACUUAGGGAUUCCAUGGAGGUUAUUGAGCAGGUUUCAAUUUUAGUGGCGGCUAUCGUCCACGAUAUAGACCAUCCGGGUCGCACAAACUCGUUUAUUACUAAUUCGAAUGGCUAUUUAGCAGUUUUAUAUAAUGAUAUAUCGGUACUAGAAAGCCAUCACGCCAGCUUAGCUUUCAGAUUAACGAGGAAGAGCGAUUGCGUAAACAUCUUUCAAAAUGUGCAAAGGGACCAAUAUCGCUCAAUUAGAGAAAAGAUUAUUGAUGCCGUUCUAGCUACGGACAUGACAAAACAUUUCGAUCACGUUUCAAAAUUCGUUAGUAGUUUUAACGACAGUGCUAAGCCCUGCUUGGAAAGUGCCGACAGCCGGAAAUUGGUAUCUAGAAUGCUGAUAAAAUGCGCUGAUAUAUCAAAUCCUCUAAGAAGUAGGAAUCUAUGCAUAGAGUGGGCUAAGAGGAUUAGCGAGGAAUACUUCGAGCAAACAGAAGAUGAAAAAGAAAAAGGCUUACCAGUUAUGAUGGCUAUUUUUGAUAGGAAUUGUUGCAAUUUGGGAAAAGCACAAACCGGCUUUAUUGACUUUAUAAUUAGGGACAUGUUUUCUGCAUGGGAUGAAGUUAUACCAAUUCCGGAAUUAAUAACGAAUCUAGAAGAUAAUUAUAAAUUUUGGAAGGACGAAGAAGAAAGAAUAGAAGAAGAGAGAGCUCAAGCGGAUGAAACGAACUGA